ACGCCGCUUCCAUCUUCCCAAGAAUCCCCCCUUUUACAUUCUCUUCUUAACAACCAUGCGACGCAACCCCGUCCCUGACUGCAUCAUGAUGAGAACAUCUGCACACCUGAGAAGACUUAUCAUCAUCCAACUUUGACGUGCCGGAGAUGAACCAACCCAGCCAGCCCACCACAUCAGCCCCGGUCAGCGUACCAUACGAGCAAGGACCGACCGGCCUCUGUCUCUCUUGUCAUCAGAUCAAAAGUCUAGUGUCCACCCAUCAUAAUUCCUCCUUCGACUCAUCAUCAAUCAUCAUGACGAGUAAAAAGAAGAGACCCGCUCCUCCCCAAAGACAGGAUGUCAUUGUCCGAUGGAAGAACUACUUUGGCGCCGGUGAUCUUGAAGAUUGGCAGCGUCUGUGUCAGGACCUGGGGUUGGAUGGUGAAUUGGGCAGCAAGACAAAAUGUCGAACGGCUCUUAAAAGCAUCAACGUCAACAUCUGGGACUUCCUCGAUGCCGUCGAGGUGGGGAACAUCCCGCAAAUGUUCCUCACCAAGAAGGAACUUGUCAAGUACACCUCGAAGACUGGACGGAUAUUUCCCAGAGAUGAAGCGAAGGACAUGGGGCCGGUGGCAGCUCUGCUGAAAAUCUUGCGUUAG